CCGUCGCAUAUGGCGAAUAAACAGGAAUUGUUUUAAAACAUUAAACAGUAAGUAUCAUUUAAACUCGGACUGUCAUACAUCGUGAACAGAAAAUAAACAAGAAAUAAUUUAGUUUAUCAUUACCUACAAGCUAUCUCAUGUACAACGUGACAAGUGGAUUAUUGUGGAUUUGUGGAUUUUAAGUUUUGUUUUCAGAACACAAAUGAAAAUGACAGGCAACAGCAGGAAGAUUUUGGCUUUCGGUGCUGGAGCCAUAUUGACAAUUAUCUUUGUAAAAAGAGUAAAGAAAUGGUACAUUGAAUACCAGGUUGGCAAAAAGAUUCAGAGGAAGAUACAGCAUUGCGAGGCAGCUAGAGCCGAAGUGGAGGAGGUCUUACGGGAAUGUGGGAUGACACUUAACCAGGCAAAGACGAUUGUGGCAUUACCAUUUAUGGAGCUACAGAGACAACUGCAGAAUGGUUCCCUGUAUGCAGUACAAGUCCUGCAUGCCUACCAGAUCAUGGCAUUGGAAGCAACGGACAGACUCAAUUGUGUUACAGAGUGUUUGCCAGACGCAGAAGCUAUUGCACAAUCUCUGGACAGGUUGGAUAAGAAAGGAGGACCACUUCAUGGAAUACCAGUUAGUCUUAAAGAAAGCUUCGAGCUCGCUGGCAACGACUCCUCAUGCGGGCUGGGACAUUGGCUCGAAAACUACAAGUCACAGGACGCGGUUAUAAUACAGGUCUUGAAGGACCUAGGGGCGGUUCCUUUUGUGAGAACAAAUCUUCCAGAGACCCUGAUGCUUGGUGAGACUAACAACCCUAUAUUUGGGAGGACCUUACAUCCCGUUGACCCCAGAAGAACACCAGGUGGAUCCUCAGGAGGCGAGGCGGCCCUUAUAGGGGCUGGGGCCUCAGUUUUAGGUUUUGGAUCUGAUAUUGGGGGAAGUAUUCGGAUACCAAGUCAUUUCUGUGGCUGCUAUGGACUAAAAACUACGGGGGAAAGAAUGAGCCGUAAGGGGACUGCUUCUCUGUCAAAAGGCCAGACACUUGUAUCGGGCACUGUUGGGCCCAUGUCACGAGACUUUGAUGGCAUCUUGGAGUCCUUUAAGCACUGCCUUAGUGAUCUGCACUUCGCUCUUGAUCCCCAGGUGGCGCCACUGAAAUUCAACGAUUCGAUGUUCAACUCUAAGAAGCCGCUCCGUAUCGGUUUUUACGCUUAUGAUGGUUACUCCCGUGCUGUUCCGGCCUGCGAGAGGGCUGUUCUGAUAGCAAAAGACACGCUGGAGCAACAGGGACAUACUUUGGUAGCCUUCACCCCUCCUGGCGUCAUUGAUGCCAUACCUGAUUUGUACAUGAAAACUAUACAAGGAGACCAUGGGAAACAGUUCCUGUUACAGUUGCAAAAAGACAUCGUUAUUCCCGAACUGGCUAGGAUAAAAUUGUGUUGGAGUAUUCCGGGCUGGAUGCUUUGGUUAUUAUCAUGGAUUGUACAAGCCGUAGCUAAGGAUCCGCAACUAGGACGAGCAUUGAGAGCGCCUUUGCAAUUAAGGAGUAUCUAUGGUUGGUUCCAGCAAGCCUUACAACUACAGGAAUUCAAAGACAAAUUCCUAGCGGCGUGGAGGGAACAGAAACUAGACGCGGUCAUCUGUCCAGUGGUAGCGACGGUUGCAUUGCCAAAUAGUGAAACCGUGAAUGUUCCCAGUGCGUUCAGUUACACCAUGCUGUAUAAUAUUCUGAACUAUUCUGCUGGCUCGAUGCCCGUCACUAGGGUGACCAGUGAUGACGUCUGCAACAUGGCAAAAUACCCCAACAAGACGUCCGAGAACAAAUGUGUUAUCAAGUACAUGCAGGGUACGGAAGGUUUACCUGUCAACGUGCAAGUUGUAGGCCUCCCGUACCAAGAGGAACUCGUGCUGCGCGUCAUGUCAGAGCUGGACAAAAGUCUUAAAGCUGAGCAGGAGAGCUAGGUACAUGACUUAUACGAGAUAUGCGUGGGCGACUGUUGCUACCCGUACCUCGAGCAGAAUUCAGCAUGUAUAUAGUUAUUUGAAUACACCAUGCUUACUUACGAGAUAUGCUUGGGCGAUAGGUAUAAUGCGCAGAUCUUUGGGGUUUAUUUAACCUUUGUAUAAGUAAUAUACUCUGUUAUAACACUAUAAUGUUUUUGUAUUCUUGUAGAUAAUUUAUUUUAUAAUGCAUUGAUUGAUGAUGUGUGAAGUACAUUUGUGCUUUUAUUACUUUUCUGUUUAACUAACACUGCUAUAUUUAGGACCGGCGGCCUAAAACUAAAAAUACUGAAUAAAAUAUUGUAUGUGCAACUAGUAUAUAGAACGUUGUAUCGUUGUAUUUAGUAUGACUUUUAAUAUGAUCAUAUACUUUGACUUUGGCAUCCUAUGAAAUUAUGUGUAUAGACCGUUCCAGAAUCGAUAAAUAACCGCCGCCAUAUUGUCAGUCACGUGACUGUCCGCUAUUACACUACUGCCAACUUCUGCGAGUCAGCGAUUCCACAAGCCAAAGACGUAGCGAAUACCCGCUUCGCCGAUGUCGGAUAAAUACAUUACUUAAUGAAUAAUUUUCAGACGAUUGUCACAUUUUUUGUUGUUAAAUUGAUUGUUUGUAGUUGAGAUUGAUUGUUACAAAUAAAAAAAUUAAAAUGUUCUUGUAUGUUUGUUUUGUGUGUCUGUGUAAACAAGUGGUAAUCAUCGGCAAAAAUUUGCCGGUUCAGUCGCUCAUAUUAUUUUGAUUAGACAUUUUACUUAUUACUUGUUACAAACAAUUCACGCAUGUAUUGUUGUGUUGAUUUUAAUAGCCGCAACAUCAAGCAGAUUAUAAUUAUUAAAGAUUCUCGCGCAAUUAAUUAACGCUAAUUGUUUGAAAUGGGUAAAACUCUAUACUCUAAAAUCAUAACAUAUUGUAUUAAGU